AUGCUUCAUUCCUUCCCGAUUUCCUUCUUCCUGCCCGUUCACUCUCUCAAUUUCUGUUUCUUUUAUCCCUGCCCGUCACCUUCCCCUACUGUGUUUCCUUCCCCCCUGUCUAAUUUCUUCACCCCUGCCCGUUCUCAUCCCCACCAGGCCUACUGCCCGUCUAAGAUCGGCUGCAUGCCCCCAGGCGGCAAGUGCAACGGCGUGGUAGACUGCGCAGACGGCAUCGACAAGGGGCCGUCAAUGCUAGGGAUAUCAAGCGGAGGCGGGUCGGUGAGCGGAGGCGGGUCGGUGAGCGAAGGCGGGUCGGUGACGGGAGGCGGGUUGGGGACCAGAGGCCCUGUUGUGUUGAGUCCAAAGGAUUUUGAGAGGCAGAGGAAGGAGGAGGCAGCACGGAGAGCAGCGGCUGAUGCGGCUAAGAGGGCUGCCUUGGAGGCGAAGAAGAGGAAGCAGGCAGAGAAAGCAGAGGCGAUUGCUGAGAAGAAACAGAAGCAGGAGGAAAAAGCUGCCGCGAUCGCAGAAAAUAAGAAAAACCAGGAGGAAAAAGUGGUCGCGAUUGCGGAGAAGAAGCGAAAGCAGAAAGAGAAAGCGGCUGCGAUUGCGGAAAAGAAGAGGCUGCAAGAAGCGAAGUCUGCUGCUGUUGCUGAGAAGAAGCGGAAACAGGGGGAGAAGGCAGCUGCGAUCGAAACAAAGAAGAAGAAGCAGGCAGAGAAGGUGGCUGUGAUACAGGCUAAGAAAAAGAGAGGGGGGGCAAGUGUGACAAAAUAA